AUGGAAUGGCAACCGAUUAUUCAGGAGAACACAUUGUCCGCGAAGUCCAGGGUGCGCCAGGGAGCAUACGAACAGAUGCAUCGGGAUGCUGCUCCGCCUGCAGUUAUGGCUCAUCAAUACAAGUUGUCAACGAAACCAAAAGAACCCGAGCAAGCCCAGGUCACGAAGAUUGCGGAAGAGUUACAACCGCAGAAAAACGUCGACUUUGCGGAGUCAGCUGAUGAUGCUACACUUGGGACGUACUCCCCGAGUGUGAUUGGUUCACUCAUGGCCGUUGAAGUUUCACCUGAAGUUGUCACCCUGGAUGUCAACGCGCAGGGUAGCGGAGAUGUUUCCAAUUCUGGAUUUUGUGGUGAAGUCUUUGAUGAAAUAGCUCAGGAAUCUGAAUGCGACGCAUUCCAUGAUGGCCCACGCAUGGAAGACGAGAAUUUCAAGUUACCUUCUUCUGCCAUGCCUGGAACACCGCUCGCAAGACUUGAUGCAGCAUAUGCCAGGUGUAUGCGAGUGAGCGCUAAAGAACUCGCUUUAGAACCAGCAGUUUAUAUUCGCGAAGGGAAUCAGUUUGUUAUGCUACCUGACAUGGGUGAUCUCUCUCCUGGAUGUGAUAUUGAGGCCGAUGACGUUGGAGAACCUGACGAGAGUACGGAAGCUCAGGAAAAGCAGCUGAAGGCCGCCCUGAAAAGACAUCAGAAGAUCUUCUUAGGUGAUGGAAAUGCUGCCCCGUCGCCGGCGAGAGGUGUCAUCUGCGAUCUAGAUGUGGAUGACGCCAAGCCAGUGGCACAACGACCCCGAUCGGUCGGUCCGCACUUGGCAAUCAAGGUGUAUAAGUUAUUGAAGAAGCUUUUGAAUGCAACAUUGAUUGAACACUCGGAAUCGCCAUGGGUAUCCCCAAUUGUGAUCGUGCUCAAGAAAAACGGAGUGGAUAUUCGAAUGUGUAUCGGCUGUCGGGUCGUGAAUAGCUUCAUUCAAUUAUCGAAUUACCCACUGCCGCUGAUCGAUGACCUCAUUACUGGUUUCGAAGGAAUGAUGUGUCCGAAUGACCGAGAGGGCUAA